AAGACCAGUCAAUAUUCAAUAAGCAGAAGUCGGCCACCUAAACACCCACGCAACCCACUUCUGAUUUUGCCACACAACUAGUUGCCAAGUCUCCAUGUGUAAUCAUUCCUCAAGCUUCAAUGUUUUAUAUUGACCAAAGAUAUGUUUUUUUUAAAGAGUAGGAGAAGUUGUUCACCUGCACAUUUCCAACUUGCAUUUGUCUCUUCUUCUUGUAAAACUACCUAUAUAAACCUCACCCUUCUCUUCUCUCUACACUGAAUCAAUCUAAUUCUGGGGUUUUAGAAGAAAUAGCAUUAUGGCACACAGAAGUUCGGUGAUGGGUCUGAUUUUGAUUCUAGUUACCAUUUUCUGGGCAGGGGCCAGAGCUCAGUCAAGCUGCACAAGUGUAUUGAUCAGCUUGUCGCCGUGUCUCAAUUACAUAACGGGGAACUCUUCAACCCCUUCUGCUCAAUGUUGCACACAGCUGGCUAGUGUCGUCCGAUCAUCACCACAGUGCUUGUGUGAGGUUCUUAAUGGUGGUGGCUCAUCUCUGGGCAUUAAUGUCAACCAGAGUCAGGCUCUGGCUUUACCCAGUAAUUGCAAUGUGCAGACUCCACCUAUCAGCAGCUGCAAUGCUGCUUCUCCAGCCAAUGCUCCAGCAGGAUCACCAGAAUCUCCAAGCACAGUUCCAGGAACUGGAUCUAAAACUGUACCAUCAACAGAAGGAUCCUCAUCAAAUGGCAGUUCCAUCAAGUCGCCAUUCUGUCUGCUAGUCUUUGUGCUCUUUGCAGCAUCAUAUAGUUCAAUCUUCACAACAUACUGAUUUCAUUACCUCAACAGUCAGCAUACUUUAGUGAUUACCAUAUUGUUGUAUUCUUUUUUUGAGUUUCCUCUAGGCUGAGGUUUUAUGUCAUAAUCAUUUUGCAGCACCCUUCUGGGUUGGUGUGGCUUUGUAUUACUGAAAAGAUUCUACCUCUCUUCACCUAUCAAUAAAAACAUUAUUUGGUUUCAACA